AUGUCGACGCCUCCCAACAAUUGCUUCCUGAAGAUACCGCCCUACUGGGCAUGCACGACGCCUAUGGCUAAAGGACGCUGGAUUGGGCGUCGUGUGCUAGAGGUUCUCUCCACCGAGUUUCGCGACCGCUCCAUGGAAUACAACGAGUAUAAGAUCCGAUCAGGUCUUAUUACCUUGAAUGGGCAACGCAUUGGGACCGAAACCAUUUUUCGCGCUGGUGAUAGACUCGAGGUAUACAUGCAUCGUCAUGAAACGCCGGUGACGUCUGCUCCUGUUCGGAUCCUCCACCAUGACAAGGAACGACAAUUCAUCGUUGUGGAUAAGCCUGGCAGUCUCCCCGUGCAUCCGACUGGACGAUAUUCCAGGAACACCCUCACCUCCAUCCUCACGGACGACUUUGGAUACUCUCCUAUACACACUAUCAAUCGACUGGACAAGCUUACCUCCGGGAUCAUGAUCAUCUCGCUUAAUCCUGAUCUGGCGAGCACGCUGGCAGACGAGCUUCGCGCCAAGAACCGAGACCAGGGCGGCGUCAAGAAGGAAUACAUAGCGAGGUGUCGAGGAUUAUUUUCCUCUGGCGAAAUUACAUGCGAAGAGCCUCUGGCGACAGUCAAUAGGCAGAGCGGCCUCGUCAUCGUACAUCCAGAGGGAAAGCCAGCUAAGACUGUCUUCGCUCGUCAGCACUAUGACCCCUCGACGAAUACGAGCGUCCUUCUUUGUCGACCGUUCACCGGAAGAUCCCAUCAGAUCCGCGUUCAUCUGCAGUACCUCGGAUUUCCUAUCGCGAAUGACACGCUAUAUUGCGAUCCACGCGUCUGGGGUCCCAGUCUAGGCAAAGGCGGUGUCGUCGAUGCCUCUCCUUCCUCUAAUGAACGCCUGGACGAGUUUUCUGGCACCACGGAGGAUGCGGAGCGCAUACGAUUGUGGUCGCCGUUCUCUUUAUCAGACGAUCUGGUCGGAGUGAUAUGGCGAACGCAUCGCGUGAUGGAUGAAGUCAAGGGCUGGAGUCGCCAGCGCGAUUACAUCUUCCGCGACAAGCCCCUCAUCGAUCCUGGGACGUUGGAUCUGCCCCCUCUGCCACCGCACCCACACAAUAUCCAGAAACGUAAGAGUACGAGUGCUGGCCAGCCUCCGGAGCGUCUAUCGAAUACAUCCCCGGACGCGGUUUCGCCUGCCAGCGAUACGAUUCCGACCGUGUACGCAGAGACACAUCCACACCCACGGUGGGGCGACGAUCCAGGUCCCUACUGCCCGGAAUGCUACCUACCCCUCUAUGCCGAUCCGCGCCCCGAACGACUGUUCAUAUACCUUCACGCCCUCCGGUACAUCACCAGCCUCGGAACGUUCGAAACAGACAUGCCCUGGUGGGCAGCGGAGGACUGGCAACCUGAACGUGCUUGA